UCACGUAACCACCUAGCUUGAAAUUAAUGUACCUAACAGUAUAAUAGUUAUAAAACUCCAUAGGUUUUCCCAGUUAUUAGCUAGUACUACAUUGUGUUAUCCAGCUAGCUACCGCUUUCAAUUUCACUUCUCAAAGCUCCUCCGUGUUAAGCGUCUCACCUCGCGCCUCCCACUAGCUAGCUAGCUCACCGGCUUCUUUUCGCCAUUGUAUAAUGAAACGUCUUUGCUUUUUUUUUCUUCUUAUAUACAUAUUUCAAAACGUGUAACGACUUGGCUUUGUAUUAAAAAAACAACCCAAGCGAAUUCAUAAACACUGGACCACCACUUGGACAUUUUCGCUUUUAUUAAGCUAAACUCUUAAGCUAAGUUAGCAGCUAGCUGUUUUUUUUAACUUCCGUUUGUUUUUAGCUCUCCAGCUAACCACAAUUCUUAGACUGGCUUAGCUUUUAUAUUAUUUUAUUUUGUUUUUUGGCUCAAUGGUUAAACUGGGUAUUGAAACCCUAAAUCUGCGUCAUGGAGGAUGUUAUUUCACUCAGUUCUGGAAGUGAAGACGACUCGGAUAUUGAGUUUGUGAGCAGUUACAGAGAUGACAGCUCCAAUGGCAUCCCGUUUCUCAGAGCUGAACUGCUCCCUGUUACACCUGUUCUUAUCGAUAUCACAGAGCACCGCCUUUCAUCAGACGGAUCAAGACCUUCACAAAAACUAAAGAAACUGCCAUGUUCCACUAUAGAAAUCAUAGAUCUGAAUAAUGUAUCUGAAUCAUGUGUCAGUUUUACAAAAUUGCGUGGAAAAGUUCACCAGUCGUCGUAUACAGUGAAUCUUGAGAAAGAUGUGAUUUGUUUGGACUCUGUUGAUGGGAAUGGCGAUCAGUCUCCUGUUCCUGUGUCAUGUGAUCAAGAAAACUCUUACACAAACCAACACAAUGGUGUUCAGUCAUGUUUACAAGAUAGCAGCACACACUGGUUAGAAAACAUUUCUCACCAUUCAAGUCCGAAAGAUAUUUCACUUGCCUUUGAGCCUUCAAAUGGACUCUCGGAGUUUUUCGAAGCACAGAACACUAAUCACACACAGCAAACGUCCACGUCACCGCAUGCUGAGCAGAACCCCGACCACGAUGAAAGGUUGGACUCCCCACACAGCUGGCUGAACAAAGCGCUCUCGCCUUUUAGCCUCGACAGUCCAUACUACUGCCCGAGUGAAAUCGAUGCAGCCGCGUUCUCUGACGAGUCCCUUAUUCUUUAUGACGAUGACAAGGACCAGAAAUACACAAUGUGCAGCCUUGAUAAAACCAAAUCCCCAUUUGAGGUUGGCGAAAGUAUGGAACUGCAAGAAAACACACACACACACACCUUAUCACCUUAUCCACAGACUCAAUCACAGCUCACUCCUCAGCUACCUACCUCAGACCAAGCACCCCUUCCUGCCAGUCCUACGUCUACAGAACUCCUCGCCGGCGACUCUCCAGAAACAGGAUCUGAUCUGGACAUGGAGAGUCCACCCAUCAGUCCUGUGAAGUCCUCUUACACUCUCAGUCCACCAUCACACGUGGUGUUGGGUAUUAAAGACUCUACUUCAGUGUUACAGGCGAGCGACAUGGACGGUGAUGGUGCAGAGCUCUCUGAAUGCCAUACGGAAGACGGACAGCAGAUUUCUCUGGUGCAGUUCAAAAAGCUGAAACAUUUAUUAGGUGGACGAGUUCAAGAUAUGCAUUAUUUAACGCUAUCACAAGAAUGGAACAGAAUCAGUUUACCUGUCCAUGCAGACUGUCCAUACAUCUUACAGUGGGACAUCCACCAAGCAGAUCAAAAGCACACGGCUGAUGAGGACAGUAAAGACUUCGGCAUGGCCGAGCCUCUGUGUAGGCAGAGCCUGAGUCUGGUCUACAGCACCAUCGAAGAGAACUACACUGAGGGCACUCUGCAGCUUCUCUCUGACCUAAUCCAACCUUGUUAUUACCCGCCUGCUGAUAUCACCGCUCACCUCCUGAAAGGAAUCCUGCUGGAGCCGCAGUGCACUCAAGUGCUGGCACUGGAAGCCUACAACCUGCUGAUGAGGACGCAGAAAUACCAUCCUGCAGACAGAUCGACUAUCCCAUGGGACUGGGAGUUGUUAUCGUCUGUGAUGGCUCAACAGGACGAAGCAAGGAGGCUGCGCAGUGAAGUGCGCUGUCUGCUGCUUCAGUAUGUGCUGCAGGUUUUGGAAGAUGAUUUCCAGUUCAAGCUCCCGAUGCUGCGGCUUCACCUCUCCAUUGCUAAUGAAAUGCUGUCGUGUGAUUAUAGGUUCAGACAGGUCAGGGAACUCAUGACCUGGCUAUUAGAUGCAGCUAAACAGUCAUUCUCUACUUCUGAGGAUGAAGAAAUGCAAAAAAGGGAGCGGAACUGCUGUCUUAAGAUGCUGCUAAUUCUGCAAAGGAUGCUCUUAUUGGUCAUGGAGGUGGACCUCAGACCCACCUGCAGCUCCAGUAAGCUCUCUCAGGAGCUGUGUAACAGUCUCAACAGCAUGGCACCAUGCAGGCGACUCAGGUUUUUGUUGUUAAGCACGCUGCAGAGCAACCUGCUGAGGUGUAAGAUGGUGGAGCUUCUGCUGGAUCAGUCCUGCUCUCAGAAGAGAGUUCUGCCCAUGUCCUUCAAACUGCUGCUGCAUUUCCUGCACACGUCCACACUGGCACCAGACCCAUCGGAUGGCGCAGAGAGAUGGAGAAGGUGGGAUGAGCUCCUGCAGCUUGUGUGGAUGCUCAUGCUCAGCUAUCAAGAAGUGAUAACAGGUCAUCUUCGCUACUCCAUUACAGAGCGGUUCAAGCUGACCCGCACUCCCAUGUGGACCCAGAAUGACCAGGUGACCCGCGCUGCAGUCCAAGAAGCAGCUGAGGCGUUCCUGUCCCGCGCCAUGGAGGAUCUCGGCCACGAUCUUCCCUCCCAAAUCCAAGAGUCAUUAUCCCAGCUGCAAGAACACUUACUGAGCAUUUCUCUGCAAUAACGAACCAAAAAUCAAUGUGUCUAUAUGAUAAAGAAUAUUUUCGUAGAUAUUUUAUUAUAAUAAUUUUUAAAGACUUUUAUGUUAAGUAUUUCUUUGUGGGUGUUUGUUGUCUAUUUAAAUUGUUGAAUUGACUGAAAUGAGAUGGUUUUGUGCAGAGAUCAUACAGUGAGUAAAAUUUUGUUGAAAAAACAACUAAGUGCAGAAAUUCUUUUUGUGAGACCUUCAUGUAAAAGUCAAAUCAGUGAAAUAUAUCCAACACCAGCUUCUCCAAUUGCAGUUAAAUUACUUUAGUUAUAAUAUUAAAGUAUGCACAGUAAUCACAUUUUUGGCUACAAAAUUAUUAUAAAUUUUAGAGUAUUGUGUAUUCCUGCCUCAUGCCCAGAAUUCCUGGGAUAGAUGGAACCAUCGCGGCCCAAACCAGGAUAAAGCGCUUACUGAAGCUCAAAGGGCAACUGAUUUUGGUUCUCGGGUGAAAAUAAAAAGCGUUGACGCCUUACGGCUCAUGGUCCCUGGUUUGAUUCUGAGCUUGGGUUACUGUCUAUUGACGUUUCUGAGCAUGUCCGCGUGGGUUUCCUCAGGGUUCUCUGGUUUCCUCCCACCUCCCAAAAUUAUGCCAGUGGGUGGAUUUAUUAUGAUAAACUGCCCCUGGGUGUGAAUGAGUGUGUGCAUAGUGUCCUGGCAUCCCAUCCAGGGUGUAUU